AAACAGAGCAUAAAACAAGCAAGCGCCACUGACUCUGUGUGAGAGAUGGACUUUUCCGGCGGCCGCGCCGCCACGGUGUCUGGAGACGGCAUGAAGCUCGACGGAUUCCUGUUCGCUGUUCAGGUGGUGCGCGGCCGGUGGUUCAUGUUCUUCUCUUCGUGCCUGAUCAUGGCGGCCGCCGGCGCAACCUACAUCUUCUCCAUCUACUCCAAGGACAUCAAGACUUCCUUGGGCUACGACCAGUCCACCCUCAACACCAUCUCCUUUUUCAAGGACCUCGGCGCCAACGUCGGAAUCCUCUCCGGCCUCAUCAACGAGGUGACGCCGCCGUGGGUUGUCCUCUCCCUCGGCGCCGCCAUGAACCUCUUCGGCUACCUCAUGAUCUACCUCGCCAUCACUGGCCGCACCGCACCGCCCCGAGUCUGGCUCAUGUGCCUCUAUAUCUGUGUCGGCGCCAACUCCCAAACGUUCGCCAACACCGGCGCCCUCGUCACCUGCGUCAAGAACUUCCCGGCGAACCGCGGCAUCGUCAUCGGCCUCCUCAAGGGCUUCGUCGGCCUGAGCGGCGCCAUCAUCACGCAGCUCUACUACGCCAUCUACUUCGACGAUUCCAAGUCACUUGUCCUUCUCAUCGCCUGGCUCCCCGCCGCCGUUUCCAUCGUCUUCGUCCACACCAUCCGCAUCAUGAGCGUCGAACCUUCCUCGCCGUCGGGGAAGACUCCCCGCGCCUUCUACUACUUCCUCUACAUCUCCCUUGCCCUCGCCGCCUACCUCCUAGUUGCCAUCGUCGUCGAGAAAACCACCGGCAUCUUCUCUCGCCCUGAAUACGACAUCAGCGCCACAAUAGUAGUCCUCCUCCUCCUUCUACCCCUCGCCGUCGUCGUCAAGGAAGAAUUCAAUAUCUUCCACCGGAGAAAACACGACCUCCGAAACCCAGCGCCGAUCAACAUAACAGUCGAGAAAGAACCAUCGCCGACGGUUCCAAUUGUCGUCACCGAGGGAACUGAAAAAGAAAGAGAGCAUUCGGUGGCGCGGUGCGCGAGGGAGAUGUUCCGGCCGCCUGCGCGCGGCGAGGACUAUUCGAUUCUGCAAGCGCUGGUGAGCCUUGACAUGCUGGUGCUUUUCCUCGCCAUCAUCUGCGGAGUCGGCGGGACGCUGACGGUGAUCGACAACUUGGCGCAGAUCGGGGAGUCGUUGGGGUACCCGAAGCGGAGCGUCGGCACGUUCGUCUCCCUUAUCAGCAUCUGGAACUACGCCGGCAGAGUUACCUCCGGCUUCGCGUCGGAGAUUCUUCUCAACAAGUUCAAGUUCCCACGGCCACUGAUGCUGACGGCGGUGCACCUUCUCUCCUGCGUCGGCCACCUCCUCAUCGCCUUUGGCGUGCCCAACUCCCUCUACUUCGCCUCCGUCGUGAUCGGUUUCUGCUUUGGCGCGCAGUGGCCGUUGCUCUUCGCGAUCAUCUCCGAGCUCUUCGGGCUCAAGUACUACUCGACGCUGUACAACCUCGGCGGCGCCGCCAGCCCGCUGGGGUCCUAUCUCCUCAGCGUGAGGGUGGCAGGGCACUUGUACGACGUGGAGGCGAGGAAACAGAGAAGCGCUUUAGGCAUCGCCGGCGAUGACAGGGACCUGACCUGCAUCGGCGUGGAGUGCUUCAGGAAGUCGUUUCUCAUAAUCACGGCGGUGACGGUGGUCGGCGCCGCGGUGUCGCUGGUGCUGGUAUGGAGGACGAAGGAAUUCUACAAAGGAGACAUCUACGCCAAAUUCAGGCAGCAGAGGGAGGGGGCGGAGCAGGAGACGACCACGGCAUGGUUCAGAUUCGAAGGAGAGCUCCAUGAUCGAGAUAGGAAGAAACAAGCUGCUCCGGCUCCGGCAGAGGAGAGCCCUGGAAAUAGCAAAACAGUAAAAUCAAGCGACGCCGAUUAAACAAAAGAUUUCUUGUAAACUCUUUUACUAAUUAAGUACUUAGAUUUUUGUUAGAAUCAAAUUACUAUUAGGCCUGUGAUCCUAUCUGAAAGUUGGAAAGUAGAAAGUUAAAGAUGUGAUAGCUUCGCUGACUGUA